GAAUUUUGUUCUAGUAGCCAUAAUGAUGGCCAAAUAAGAACGGACAUGUUUCAGGCACAAAAUUGAGUACUUGGAUUGGGGGAACACAUUUUACCUCAAUGGUUAUGGACCUUGUGCCGCCAUCAGGCGAUCAGCACGAGAAAGAAAACUGUGGGCGGCAUACAUGUGUAAGGAUUGAAAGUGCAAGAGGAGAACUUUGUGGUACAGAUGGAGCUACUGUCACUGCUUCUAAGAGUGUUUACCUGGGAAUAGAGAAUGCAGGAACUAGUUGGAAUGAAAGAACAUCAUCUAAUGGUGCAAAUGUACUGCCAAACGCAGAUUCUUUAGCUGUGAAUUGCUAUAGGAACUUGGAGCCUCAUGAUGGUAUGGAAUUUGACUCGAAAGAGAAUGCCUUUUCAUAUUACAAAGAAUAUGCUAAGUCCAUUGGAUUUUCCUCAAUAAUAAAGGCUAGCCGUCGAUCCAGAAUUUCUGGAAAAUUUAUUGAUGCAAAAUUUGUUUGCAGUAGAUAUGGAAGCAAGCGUGAACCUUCUACUUCUGGUGCAGAACCUGUUCCAAGUGCUGAUGCAGCAAGAAGUAAUCCUGUGAAGAGAAAAAAAGGCAGAAUAAACAGGUCUUGGUCAAAAACAGAUUGUAAGGCAUGCUUGCAUGUAAAGAGAAGGUCUGAUGGAAGGUGGGUUAUUCAUACUUUUGUCAAAGAGCAUAACCAUGAAAUAUUUCCGGAUUGGACCAGCUAUCCUCCAGGUCACAGGAACAUUGAUCUGGGUAAGAAUGAUGCAGAUGCAUUUCAUGCUAUCCGUGGGAGGACGAAAAAGACUUAUGCCUCGACGUCUAGGCAUUCUGGUGUUAUGAAGAAAGUUGAGAAGCAAAAGAAUGGUGGCACAAAUAGUAGUCCUCAAUCUUUGGCUUUAGAUGAGGGAGAUGCACAAGUUAUUCUUGAGCAUUUUCUUUGCAUGCAAGAUGAAAAUCCAAACUUCUUUUAUGCAUUGGAUUUGAAUCAAGAGAAACGCUUGAGAAAUGUCUUUUGGAUUGACGCUAAAUGUAGGCUUGACUGUGGUAACUUCAGUGACGUAGUUCUUUUUGACACUACCUAUAUUACAAACGAAUAUAAGCUGCAGUUUGUUCCUUUUAUUGGUGUCAAUCAUCAUUUUCAGUCCAUAUUGCUGGGAUGUGGGCUGAUUGCAGAUGAGAGUAAGUCAACAUUUAUUUGGUUGAUGCGAGCAUGGCUCAGGGCAUUGGGUGGACAAGUUCCAAAAGUAAUUCUAACUGAUCAAGGCAAAACACUGGAAGAAGUUAUUGCUGAGGUUUUACCAGAUUCACGCCAUUGCUUUUGUUUGUGGCACGUACUGAGUAAGAUCCAGGAGAAGCUUGGCCAUGUCAUAAGGCAGCAUGAAAGUUUUCUCACCAAAUUCAAUAAAUGUAUUUUGAGGUCAGCGACCAAUGAAUUGUUUGAAAAGAGGUGGUGGAAGGUGGUUGAUAGAUUUGAUUUGAGGAAUGACUUGUGGAUUAAAUCAUUGUAUGAAGAUCGGCUAAGGUGGGUACCGACAUACAUGAAUAAAAUCUUCUUGGCAGGAAUGUCUACGAUGCAACGAGCAGAAAGCGUUAUCACUCUUCUUGAUAAAUGCAUAUUAUGCAAGACGACAUUAAAGGAGUUUCUUGUCCAGUAUAAAAAACUGCUGCAAGAGAAGUGUCAAGGAGAGGCAAAUGCUGAUUUUGAGACAAGACAUAUACAACCAGGAUUGAAAUCUCCCUCCCCUUUUGAAAAGCAGAUGUCAACUUUAUACACUCAUACGAUAUUCAAGAAAUUCCAAGUUGAGGUUUUAGGAGUGGUUGCUUGCCACCCUAAAAAGGAAAAUGAUGAUGGUGAAAAUGGCACAUAUAGAGUCCAAGAUUUUGAAGUAAAUCAAGAAUUCAUUGUUGUAUGGAAUGAGAGGACAUCUGAUACUUCAUGUUCUUGUCAUUUGUUUGAGUACAAUGGAUUCCUUUGUAGACACGUGAUGAUAGUUCUUCAGAUGGCUGGUGUGCAUAACAUCCCCUCUAAGUAUGUUUUAAGACGCUGGACUAAAGGUGCAAAGAGUAGAGAGAAGACGAGACAAGUAACUUUGGUUGAUUCCAGGGUUCAACGCUACAAUGAUCUAUGUCAAAGGGCAUUUGAGCUAGGUGAUGAAGGGUCCUUAUCUCAAGAGAGUUAUAACAUUGUAUUUAGUGUUCUGGAAAAUUUUCUGAGAACAUGUGAGACAGUGAAUGAUGCAAAUUUAAAUGAAUCAGAACCGUGUUCUCUCCCAAAUCAAGGUCUUAAUGACCUUGAAGUAUUCACAGAUAGUAACAAUCCAAGUAAGAGUAACGGAAAGAACAUAGCAAGAAAAGAGAAGGAAGGACAAUUAGGUCUCGGAGAACCAACUGUGGAUUAUCCUUUCAGAUCACAUUCAGCCAUACAGCCAAUGGGCCACAUAUAUUCCAGAAUUCCAUUUCCUGAUGGCUACUAUAGCAGCCCCCAAAUGAUUCAAGGAGUGGGACAAUUGAAUACAAAUACCCAAGGCUAUGGCAACCAUUUAAACAUACUGGGGCUGGGACAAUUGAGUACACUUGCUUCAAUUGAAGAUGGCCCUUAUCUCUCUCAACCUAGAUUGCAUGGACUGGUACUAUCUAUACAUUAUGUAAAAAGUUUUUUGCUGUGUGUCAGGAUAUCAUUUCCUGUAGCUUUGCUGAAGUUGGGUAGACAGAUUAGAAAAAUUCUUCAGAAACUAAAUUCAAAGCCAUUUGGCUAAAAGAUAAAUGGUUUCUCUGGUGUACUAACGUCAGAUCAAACAGUAAAUUGUGAGCCAAUCACAACCGCAUGCCAAACAAGGUUUCCUCAAAGACUAACCAAAUACACACUGUGACCUUCUACUCUCUAGUUUACAUUUUGCAGUUUCCCCGGAAAUUUUGCAUCCAAG